GGCGGCUGUAGCGGUAGCGGCGGCGGCGGGAGAUCGAGCUUGGGGGGGAAAGGGAGGGGAGGGUGGGUGUAUACAGGGGUGAAGUGAGAAGUAACGGGGACUGCGGGUGGAGGGGUUCGGUGGCUCUUGUCUUCCCUUCUCGUGGCUGAAUCUUUGGAGCCAUGGUGAACUCGGGCCUCCUCGGAGUCGCCGCCACCGCCGCUACCAUCUCUCGAGAGUGAGGGGCGCGGAUGAGGUGAGCGAGGAGGCGGCGGCUGGAACGGAGGGGACCGUAGCCACCAUGUCGGAUACACGGCGGCGAGUGAAGGUCUAUACUCUGAACGAAGACCGGCAAUGGGACGACCGAGGCACUGGGCACGUCUCCUCCACUUAUGUGGAGGAGCUCAAAGGGAUGUCGCUGCUGGUUCGGGCAGAGUCCGACGGAUCACUACUCUUGGAAUCAAAGAUAAAUCCAAACACUGCUUAUCAGAAACAACAGGAUACAUUAAUUGUUUGGUCAGAAGCUGAGAACUAUGACCUGGCUCUGAGUUUUCAAGAGAAAGCUGGUUGUGAUGAGAUUUGGGAAAAAAUUUGCCAGGUUCAGGGUAAGGACCCAUCAGUGGAAGUCACCCAGGACCUCAUUGAUGAAUCAGAAGAAGAACGAUUUGAAGAAAUGCCUGAAACAAGUCAUCUGAUUGACCUGCCCACGUGUGAACUCAAUAAACUUGAAGAGAUUGCUGAUUUAGUUACCUCAGUUCUCUCCUCACCUAUCCGUAGGGAAAAGCUGGCUCUGGCCUUAGAAAAUGAAGGCUAUAUUAAAAAACUACUGCAGCUGUUCCAAGCUUGUGAGAACCUAGAAAACACUGAAGGCUUACACCAUUUGUAUGAAAUUAUUAGAGGAAUCUUAUUCCUAAAUAAGGCAACUCUUUUUGAGGUAAUGUUUUCUGAUGAGUGUAUCAUGGAUGUCGUGGGAUGCCUUGAAUAUGACCCUGCUUUGGCUCAGCCAAAAAGACACAGAGAAUUCUUGACCAAAACUGCAAAGUUUAAGGAAGUUAUACCAAUAACAGACUCUGAACUAAGGCAAAAAAUACAUCAGACUUACAGGGUGCAGUACAUUCAGGAUAUCAUUUUGCCUACACCAUCUGUUUUUGAGGAGAAUUUUCUUUCUACUCUUACGUCUUUUAUUUUCUUCAACAAAGUUGAGAUAGUCAGCAUGUUGCAGGAAGAUGAGAAAUUUUUGUCUGAAGUUUUUGCACAAUUAACAGAUGAGGCUACAGAUGAUGAUAAACGACGUGAAUUGGUUAACUUUUUCAAGGAAUUUUGUGCAUUUUCUCAGACGUUACAACCUCAGAACAGGGAUGCAUUUUUCAAAACUUUGGCAAAAUUGGGAAUUCUUCCUGCUCUUGAAAUUGUAAUGGGCAUGGAUGAUUUGCAAGUCAGAUCAGCUGCUACAGAUAUAUUUUCUUAUUUAGUAGAGUUUAGUCCAUCUAUGGUCCGAGAAUUUGUAAUGCAAGAAGCUCAGCAGAGUGAUGAUGAUAUCCUUCUUAUUAAUGUAGUAAUUGAACAGAUGAUCUGUGAUACCGAUCCUGAGCUAGGAGGUGCUGUUCAGUUAAUGGGACUUCUUCGUACUCUUAUUGAUCCAGAGAACAUGCUGGCUACAACUAAUAAAACUGAAAAAAGUGAAUUUCUAAAUUUCUUCUACAACCAUUGUAUGCAUGUCCUCACAGCACCGCUUUUGACCAACACAUCAGAAGACAAAUGUGAAAAGGAUAAUAUAGUUGGAUCUAACAAAAACAACACAAUUUGUCCCGAUAAUUAUCAAACAGCACAGCUACUUGCCUUAAUUUUAGAGUUACUCACGUUCUGUGUGGAACAUCACACCUAUCACAUAAAAAACUAUAUUAUGAAUAAGGACUUGCUAAGAAGAGUCUUGGUCUUGAUGAACUCGAAGCACACUUUUCUGGCCUUAUGUGCUCUUCGCUUUAUGAGGCGGAUAAUUGGCCUUAAAGAUGAAUUUUAUAAUCGUUACAUCACCAAGGGAAAUCUUUUUGAGCCAGUUAUAAAUGCACUUCUGGAUAAUGGAACUCGGUACAAUCUGUUGAAUUCAGCUGUUGUUGAGUUGUUUGAAUUUAUAAGAGUGGAAGAUAUCAAGUCUCUUACUGCACAUAUAGUUGAAAACUUUUAUAAAGCACUUGAAUCGAUUGAAUAUGUUCAGACGUUUAAAGGAUUGAAGACUAAAUAUGAGCAAGAAAAAGACAAACAAAAUCAGAAACUGAACAGUGUACCAUCUAUAUUGCGUAGUAACAGAUUUCGUAGAGAUGCAAAAGCCUUGGAAGAGGAUGAAGAAAUGUGGUUUAAUGAAGAUGAAGAGGAGGAAGGAAAAGCAGUGGUAGCACCAGUGGAGAAAUCCAAACCAGAAGAUGAUUUUCCAGAUACCUAUGAAAAAUUCAUGGAGACUAAAAAAGCAAAAGAAAGUGAAGAUAAGGAAAACCUUCCCAAAAGGACAUCUCCUGGUGGCUUCAAAUUUACUUUCUCCCACUCUGCCAGUACUGCUAAUGGAACAAAUAGUAAAUCUGUAGUAGCUCAGACACCACCAGCAAGUUCUAAUGGGUCCUCUUCCAAAACUACAAACUUGGCUACAUCAGUAACAACCACCAAGGGAAGUUUGGUUGGCUUAGUGGAUUAUCCAGAUGAUGAGGAAGAAGAUGAAGAAGAAGAAACAUCCCCCAGGAAAAGACCUCGUCUUGGCUCAUAAAAUAUUUAUUGGGGGACCCUCAACUUGUGGUCGUACUAAAAUGUUGUUGCAACUGUUCAAUGAGCUGAAAAUCUGAAUAAGAAAGCUUUCUCACUUGAACUUAUAAAAAUAUACAAGGAGUAGCAAAAGACACUCAGCGUAUCAGCUAGGAGAGUUUAGUUCUGUAAAAAAACAGGCUUCCCGGGAACUUGAUUGCUUGCUAGUAAUUAAGGGGUUUGCCUUUCAGGCUGUCCAGAAAAAAAGUUAAUAACCAGAACCUGGGAGAUAGCUUCUCAGCAAGGAAAGUCUCAGGUCAGGUUUUGGGAUGGUUUAGGGAAAGGGAAAGGUUGAUAAAAUAAUAUUAAUGCAGGGUUGCUCCGUGGGAGUAUCUAAUGUAGAAACAAUUAUAAAACUUCAGUUGCAAACUCAAUAACAUUACUUGUAUAAUGGUGCUGGCCAUACUGUUGUUUUAAUCAGUUGCCUCUUUUUAAAAUAAUUUUUAUGGAAAACAAAUUCAGCUAUCAUAAAAAAUAAAGUUAAGCUGUUGGGACCAUUUCUUUAAACAUUUAUUGGAAAUUCAGCCUUUUAGAUUAGUUGGAAGGAAGCACACCCUGUAUUACAGUACAUGUUGAGUUUUCUGUCCCAGGAAUUUUCUGUAUGUGUUUUGAUGAAAACCUGGAUUCAAAAUGGAGAGUUUUGUUAAUAUGUUAAAAUUCAGCACUUUUAGAGUAACAAGAGACCGAGAAUCAGUACAAUAGUAUUCCAAAAUGAUUUUCUCUAGAAUCUUCAGAAGAGUGGAUAGAGCAGAAGGCUUUCAGCAACCUACCAUUUUAGUCUUUUGUGGGAGACACUUUGAAGUAACUUUCUGCUAUGUUAGUAAAGUGGUCUCUUCCUCUGCAGAGCUGAAAGCAAGUUUUAAAGUGUAAUUUAUAAAGACUAAUAAAGAAUAGUGCUGAGUUAAGUGGCAUUUAACAUCUAGAAGCCAUUUGAUCCAAGAAGUUAUUCAAGUCAAAGUCAGCAUGCAGCACGUGAAGCUUUUCCAUGAACAAGGGUAUAAUACGUAUGAAAGCUGCUUUUUAAAAAAGAGUAAAAGCACAUUCCAUGUUCGUAAGUGACUUUUAAAAAUAUUGAGGCAAAUAGUUAAGAGGUUUUAUUUUUAGGACAGCAAGUUAACUGUAAAUAUUUUAAUGUUAGUUUGCUCAUCUAUGAUCUGAGAUCAUGCUGAAGUGAGAACAGUGCCCCUAAACUACAACUCAGUGGAUUGGGGAAAAAAAUAGUAAGUCCAGCUACAAUCUUUAGAUCACCCUUGUAAUGUGUUAUGGGUCCAUUUUUCCUGGAGUAGCUUAAACUGAAGCAGUUUCCCUGUUUUGGAGAUUUUGUAGUUAAUUUUAAUUUUGGCUAUUGUUUGGAAAAGAUGGGCUGUCUGUGUAGAUAUGAAGUAUAGUUUUUCCAUAAAACAGAUGUUUAUUUUGUAUUAAAAAUACCACUGUACUUGUUUUACACCAUUUGUAUACAUGUGGUGAUAUUAAUGCUGAACUGUAAAAUUCAGGAAUUAAAAUGUGACCCUGUAAUUCCA